AUUAUCAGAAAUGUGAAAAAUGCUAAUGCUCUGAGGUUGGAGAUAUCUAAUAUUCCCAAUCACGUAUUUGGACGUCACACAAAUUGUGGUACGUUCUGCGACAAAAAAAAAUGAGGUCGAUCAAGUUCAAUUUAUGGGAGAUAAACUCCAUUUUGAAUUAAAAAAGAUCCUGGAGCCCAUCGUGACGAAAGCUGAUCGACUGGCACACAAUCAAACAACAAAUCAAGCUGAAAGAUAUAUGUCUCUAGUUGCUAAAUGUACGGGGGGUAAGCGAGUAAAUUUCACGAAAAGGAAUUCCUACACAGCUAGAGCCUACGCAGCAGCUAUAUCACAUUCCAGAGGUCCAGGGUGGCACAUGGGGGCUUUCGAGAAGAAGAACUUCUCCAUAGGAGCCACCAUGGCCAAAGUCUGUCUGAAAAGAGCAAGGGCGCUGGAAAGGAGUAGAGUAGUCUGCAAGAAAAGACCAAAAAAGCAAGCUUCUAGUGGGCCGGACGUGCAUUACGGUCCUAAUGCAGCUGCCGAGGAUAUCAGCGAGGACGAGAUGGAAAAGAAGAAAGAUAAGUUUCUGCAGACUCUAGCCAAGCGAGUAGAGUCAAGGGAGCAGACUAAAGAAAUAGAAACCUCCACAAGGGGUCAGCAUGAAAAUGCUUUGUGGAGGAGUCUACGCAAAGAAUAUUUGACUGCAUCAAAUUUCGGCUGUGUAAUUAAAAGAAGAGCGUCUACUCCCUGCCACAACUUAGUCAAAAACUUAUUAUAUAGGACUGAUAGCUUGAAAACGCCAGCAAAUGUGUAUGGCAGGGUACAUGAGGUUACAGCCAGGAAUAGGUAUGAAACGGAAACGGGAUCAUCCGUUGAAGCGUGCGGACUUUAUGUGAGUCAGGAAUAUCCUUUUUUAGCAGCUUCACCGGAUGGUCUCGUCGGCAGGGAAGGCCUCAUAGAUAUAAAGUGUCUGCCUUCAAUUAUGGGAUCUCUAAUCGAUGGCGUGAAAAGAACCUCAUGCUACUCGGUAGAAAAUGGCAAUGUAUCCCUGAAAAGAAGCCAUAAUUAUUAUUACCAGGUUCCAGGGCAGCUGAAUAUUACGGGACGCACCUUUUGCGAUUUUAUUCUCUAUUGCGAUUCAGAUUUCCACGUAGAGAUAAUACAUAAGGACGAACAACUAUGGUGUGAGGUAAUGGUUCCCAAAUUAACAUCUUUUUAUAAAGAGUGUAUUUUGCCCGAAAUCUUAGACGGCAGAAUUCCUCGCGGUAUGCAAGUACGAGAAAGUACAAGCAAACCGAUUCAAAUAAAUAAAAAGGUACAAAACAACCGGUAG